AUGGGUUUGGAGGGUGUGAUACAAUGGGUCAUAGUAGAAAAUAUUGUUACAGAGCCUAUGACUGUGAUCAAGAGAGAGGCCGGCUUUAACCACAAGGAGCAGGUGAAACUAGAGGGAAAGCGUCUUCUGUGGCACCAAUUCCUGGCCGUCUUCAUCAGGAGAUUCCACCAUUUCAAACGCAGCAAGAAGGGAUUUAUAUGCGAGCUGUUGAUGCCGGCUUUGUUUGUCCUGCUGGCUAUGGUGUUUGCCGAGAUUGAUCCCCCUCUCACCGACUCCCCACCCUUGGAACUCCAUCCUUGGAAGCUGCUGCCUCCCAGGGGCAACUCACACCUUAAUAUGUUUUACAGUAAUGAUGCUAAAGGAACCAUGUUUACUGAACAGUCUGUGAAGACAUUGUUAUCCAAGUAUGGAGUGGGGAACCGAUGUCUAAGUCCAGAUGUCUACAGUAUAGAUGGUUUUCCCUGUGAGGAGUCAAACACUACAUCUAUUUGGACAGAGGCAGAAAACUGGGACAAGGCUGAUGAAAUCAGCUGUUCCUGUUCUACAGGUGUCCAGAUAUGUCCAGCAGGUGCAGGAGGUCCAGCACCGAGGAGACGUCUACUACCAACAUCCGACUUCUUGUAUGAUUUGACGGACAGAAACAUCACAGACUGGCUAGUGAAGACUGCAAGAAGUUACCGUAAACGCAGGUAUGGAGGUCUGUCGUUUGGAUUGAAGUCCAAGUGGGCCCAGUUCAAUACUGACCAUAUCAAACAGAUCUUCAACACCUUGAGAGAGGCCAACACCGAGUCCAACAAGAGCUUCCAGAAUGUCCUUGGGGGUAUCAAUGCAAUCAUGGGUCGUGUAGCAGUGCACAACAUAUCUAAGGUGUGGUAUAACAACAAGGGCUGGCCGGCAGUUGUUAUUUACAUGAACGUGAUGAACAAUGUGAUCCUGAGAAGCAAGCUUCUGCCCAACCAGGAUCCCAACAAGUACGGAAUCACCACCACAAACCACCCCAUGAAUCUAACCAUGAAGCAGUCACGCGAUGGUUUAUCACUCACAAGUAAGACAGAUAUUAUCAUUUCCACCUGUGUAAUCUUCGCAAUGUCCUUCAUACCAGCAAGCUUUGUAAUGAUCCUGAUUGAGGAGCGAGUGUCCGACUCCAAACAUCUGCAGUUCGUCAGCGGUAUCCACCCCUCAAUCUACUGGCUCGGCAACUUCACCUGGGACUUGCUGAAUUACCUUGUGUCAGCCGCUCUGAGUAUAUGUAUAUUUGUGGCAUUUCAACGCGAGGCUUACGUCGGUAAAACUAACUUCCCGUCCCUUUUAAUGCUUCUGGUGAUGUAUGGUUGGGCCAUGAUUCCUGUAAUGUACCCGCUUUCCCGCCUGUUCCGGGUGCCCAGCACUGCCAUGGUAACGCUCAAGUCUGUCAAUAUCUUCCUGGGCACCACCUCCACACUGGCUACGUUUAUCCUGGAGUACUUGGCCGACGAUGAUCCGGCCCUAGGGGAAGUGAAUGACAUCCUGAAGCAGGUUUUACUGGUCCUCCCCCAGUUCUGUCUCGGCGAGGGACUACUGGAACUCUCCCGCACACAAGUCUACACCACCGCUUUCAAAAAGUUUG